UCCUCUUCCCCUGAAUCUCUUCUUUCUCUCUCUAAACCAGAGUUUCUUCUCUCUCUUCUUCUUCUUCCAUUUUCCCAUUCUGGGCUCUGCAACUUUCCCUUCAAUCCCUUCUCGUUUGGGGCCGUUUUUCGCAGCGUGUCUCUGUUUUUGCCUCUGUUUUCAUGAGAGCUUGCGAUUAGGUGGAAUUAAUGGGGAAGUACAUGAGGAAAACCAAGUCAUUAGGCAAAGUUGCGGUCAUGGAGGUUUCGCAGACCUCUUUUGGGGUUUUGACUAGGGCUAAGACUCUUGCCUUGCGUCGCCUACAGCAAUCUCCGACGCCGUCCCCGUCUCUGCCGUCUUCGGUUGCCUCUGGUUCUUAUCUCCAGCUUCGGAGCCGGCGGCUUGUGUUUUCCGGCUAUGAAUCUAAGAGGCAGAAGCAAAACCCUAAAGAAGACGGCUGCACGAGAAACCCUAGCCCUAGGGUGAGUUCUAGUUUGAGGCCGGCCAUGCCGGAAAGGUCUGUCACGCUUGGCCGUGUUAAUGAUGAAGGGGAUCAUACGGCGGAGGAGGCAGAGAAAUCCGUUGCGAAAAUUGCUGAAAUUCUUGCGAGGGGGAGCAAGAAUGAGAUUGUUGAUUUGGGUAUCGAAGAGGCCUCGUUUGGGGAAAAUUUUUUGGAUUAUGAAAGUAGAGACAGGAGCACUAGGGAAUCAACACCCUCCAGUUUGAUAAGGAAUCCCGACAUUAUCCGAACACCCAGUUCGACUAUCAGGCCAACAUCGAGCGCAAUCGAAACUAACCAUAGAAAUCGUUACUCAUUGAAUCGACACAUGCCGACAGCUCAUGAAAUGGACGAGUUUUUUGCUCUUGCUGAAGAAAAGCAGCAACGUUACUUCAUUGAGAAGUACAACUUCGAUCCCGUGAAAGAUAUGCCACUUCCAGGCUGCUACGAAUGGGAGAAGUUGCAACCAUAGAAGAUUAUAGCGAGUCGUUCCAUCAGGACUUCGUGUCUGCUUAUUUUCGACAGAUCCCGGGCUUAGAUUUUCGACGUAGGAGGAGGAAUUAGUCUAACCUUAAAGGAUGAUGGUGGUAUUUCCUUUUUCCAUUAUCCUUAUUAACUUGUAAAGGAGUAGUAAGACCUCUCAAAACCCAAAAAAGAAGAAAGAAAAGGAACCCCAAAAAGAACAUAACAGAGGUUAUGAGUCUGACACUAAAUACCCAUCAAAGUUCAUUGUCUAUCAAGCCAUGUUACUGAGAGGGGAAGGAAAAGAGGGUCUAGUAGUUUAGUUAGUUCAGGCAACUAGGAAACUCUGUGGUACAGAUAAUUUACUUAGGAUUUUUUUUUCUUCCCCACUUUGUACUGAUGGAACUACAAAUCAACAACCUGUGGAAUAAAAUACUAACCCUUUGUGUC